AUGGCUUGUCUUGAGAUGACUUGUAGCCUUGUAGACUGCUAUUGGCUCGAAGAGCAACAUUGGCAUUCUUACAACUAUAUAUUUGAGAAAAUGCUGGACUUCAUGUGGCAGCUGGCUUUUUCUUUGGGAAUGGAUUUGGCUGCUUGGUUGUACUUGUUCUCUAUCAUCAUAAAUAAAACAGAUAUUCCUACUGCUACUUAUUUCAUUAGAGCUUAUGCCUUAGAUUCUCAAGACAAUGAAUUGGCCUAUGGCCAAACCACCAACAAGAACAAUACCACUAAUCUCUUUGAAAUUCAAGGCAUUACUGGUACACAUACUUCUCUCGACAUCGCAGCUGCUUGCUUCUCCGCCUUCUUGGUGUUCUCUUUCUUUGACUUCUUCAUUCGGGAGAAUAGGUGUGCCUUAUCAAAGCUAGGUGCACUGGGCCUCCUCUUGGAGACAGCUAGGUGUGCCUUCUUUGUCGAUGUUGUGGAGCCUGCAGAAGGCAUGCUCUUGAUUGUUGAGAGCUUGACGAUGGAGGCUAAUGAGAGUGACAUUGGCAUCUCAGAGAUUGUGCUUGCUGCUUCCAAUGAUGGCACAAGCUCGGGGGCUGGUGAGCAAGCACGAAGGGUACUCUUCAUAUUCUUAGAGCAGCUUUCCCACCCUUCUGGUCUAAAAAAAUCAGCAAAGCAGCGAAACAAUGAGAUGGUGGCUCGAAUAUCUAACAUAUGGGGAACAAGCUGCCAUGGAAGUGCUGAUACAACACUUUGAGCCUCAUUUGCAAAAGUGGAUAACAAGCUACCAUCGAAAAGGGUGGUAUCUUUUUUCCUAUUUCAUGAGGUGUUGGACCUCCUUGUAUCUUUCUAGUAGUUUAUAAAUGAUUGUAAUUGGUCAUUGUUUAAUUAAUGGUA